UUUGUAAGAUUUAUUAUCAAUUUUUUACUCUUUCAGCCAUAAAAGAAAAAGAAAAGAAAAUAAUAAUAAAUUUUGUUUGUAUCUAUCAGCGUCAUCUUCUUCUCUAGUACACGGUAACUGGUUCUGGCUUCUGGUUGUGUGCUUCUCUGCGUAUUUCCACCGUGAUUCUAAUUUCCUAUAUUAAUUAGUCUACGAGGAAAGACAACCACCGCGUUCACAAUUGGAUACUGAGUCUUGAACUCUGGAGUCUCGAGGUGGUGGCCACUGGCCAGAAAGGAUAUCGUGAAGUUCACAAGGUUUGAAAUUUCAGAGCCAAGUUUCGUAAAGAAGAAUGGUAAUGAAAGGGCAGGCGUCAAAUUCAUGGAAAAGCACAGCCGUGAAGUUCAGGAUGCCAACUGCAGAAAAUUUAGUGCCAAUAAGGUUGGACAUCGAAGUGGACGACCAGAAGUUUAAAGAUGCUUUCACUUGGAACCCUUCUGAUCCUGAUUCUGAAAUUGUGGUCUUUGCAAAAAGAACUGUCAAAGACUUGAAGCUUCCUCCAGUGUUUGUAACGCAUAUUGCUUCUUCCAUUCAGUCUCAGCUGGCUGACUUUCGGUCAUUUGAAGGCCAAGAUAUGUAUGCUGGCGAGAAGAUUGUUCCUAUUAAGCUUGAUCUUCGCGUAAACCAUACUCUAAUAAAGGACCAAUUUUUGUGGGACUUGAACAACUUUGAAAGUGAUCCAGAAGAGUUUGCUAGAAACUUCUGCAGAGAUUUAGCUAUUGAUGAUCCUGAAGUUGGACCUGCAAUUGCUUUUGCGAUUAGAGAACAACUUUAUGAGAUUGCAAUUCAAAGUGUAGCUUCAGCAAGAGAGAGCAGAAUAAGCAAGAAGGGCCGGCGUGGUGCUGAAUAUGCGCUAGCCAGUAAAGCAGGUAGUGGUGCAGUGGAUAUCGUGAAGUUAUUUGGUCACAAAUCCAGUGUUCUUCGGAAGAGAAAGGAGUGGGAUGUUUAUGAACCGAUUGUUGAUCUUCUAUCUAAUGAGGAAGUGGAUGCCCUUGAAGCAAGAGAAGAGCGGAUUGCCCGAUAAAUUAAUGGAGUUGCGAGGUUUGAAUUUUCCUACCAACAGAGAGUUCAUGCGCAAGGAAUAUGACCAGUUAAUCGUACUAACAAUAUGAUCUGUUUCUGUCUAGUAUGCUUCUUGAUCUUGUGUUGCUUGUCUACUUGUGCUGACGUUUCAUGUUAGAUUCAUUUCCCCAAGUAAAUUGUAAGUAUGUAAAUGACCAAGUAUUCAAAAAAGCCUUUCAUAUGGGCCCAAAAUUUUCUGUGUA